CCUCUCUACCCUUCCAAAUUCGCACCCGUCUAUUCCAACAUGAUCCAAACUCGUAUGCUCUCCAAAGAAGACGAGGCCCGCGGCGAAGACAACGAAGUCCGCCGCGAGGACCAAGAAAAGAUCAACCGCUUCAGUCGCCUCCACCAACGGGAAACCGUGUUGGAAGAGCAAUUGAAACUGAAGCAGAAAGACAAAGAAGAUCUCGAAGAAAUCUCCACCGAGCUCGAACUCGCAGAUGAAGAUGAUCUCAUUCCCUACAAGAUCGGUGACUCCUUCUUCCACCUGCCCCUGGAAGAGGCCCAGUCCCUCCUCGCCACCUCCACCGAGCAGAUCGACGCCGAGGUGAGCAAGCUGGAGGAAAACCUGGGCGACCUGCGCGAGGAGCUGCAGCAACUCAAGGUCGCCCUGUAUGCACGCUUCGGCCGGAGUAUCAACCUAGAGACCUAGGCUUCCCCUGCCUUAGUUCUUGUAACCUAAACGCACCUUUGGUUCGCUUGUCAUUCUACUUUCUCUUCCUUUCUUGCUUUACUUAAUGAAGACUAAGUUACCUUUCGGAAUGCGGGGAGGAUUACCACGUGGCGGGUACUGUAAAUGGUGGGAGGCGUUUGGUUCGGUUCAAGGGGGGUGGUUGUGGUAGCGAGGAUGGUAAUGUUGUUGUGGUUGAAGAGAUUGACAAUGGACGGAAUUAACUUAGGACAUGUCUCAUCAAGUUCGAAUUCAAGAACAGUGUAGGGAUAAUGUCAUCUAUAAAAAGAAUCAAUCGCCUAUGCGGGUACACAU